ACGUUGCAAAAGCAAAGCGUAUUGUCGACUCCCAUAGUCAAGUCUUGGCGGAAUCACUUUCAGGCUCUCUCAGAAAACACCACAAUACGAGAACCCAUUCCAUAAAUCAGAAAUCAUACAUCACUAACCACAUUUAAUUUCUCAUCCCAGACCCUAAUCCCCAAUUUUGAUUGCAAUUCCAAAGAGAUCCAACGAGGGAGCAUAGCAGAGCCCUAGAGAUCUAAGUCUCUUCAUGGCGCAUCGAAGAGCGAAGCUGUUGUUCCUUUUAUGCGCUCUUUGCUAUUCUUUCAACGCCAUUGCCGGAAAGAGCUAUUAUGAUAUACUUCAACUGUCGAAGGGUGCAUCGGACGAGCAGAUAAAGAGAGCUUAUAGGAAGCUAGCGUUGAAGUAUCAUCCUGAUAAGAAUCCGGGCAAUGAAGAAGCUAAUAAGAAAUUUGCUGAGAUUAGCAAUGCGUAUGAAGUGUUGUCGGAUAGCGAGAAGCGAGGUAUUUAUGACAGGUACGGCGAGGAGGGUUUGAAACAGCAUGCUGCUGGUGGAGGCAGAGGUGGUGGAAUGAACUUCCAAGAUAUUUUUAGCACUUUCUUUGGUGGGGGAUCAAUGGAGGAAGAAGAGAAAAUUGUGAAAGGAGAUGACGUGGUUGUUGAUUUGGAUGCAACACUUGAAGAUUUGUACAUGGGGGGUUCCUUGAAGGUUUGGAGGGAAAAGAAUGUAGUAAAGUCAGCACCUGGGAAAAGACGCUGUAACUGUAGAAAUGAGGUUUAUCACAAGCAAAUUGGGCCGGGCAUGUUCCAACAGAUGACAGAGCAGGUCUGUGAGCAAUGUCCCAACGUCAAAUACGUGAGGGAGGGGUAUUUCAUCACUGUUGACAUUGAAAAGGGCAUGCAAGAUGGACAGGAGGUGCUAUUUUAUGAGGAUGGUGAGCCCAUAAUUGAUGGAGAAUCUGGAGAUUUAAGGUUUCGUAUCCGUACUGCACCUCAUGAACUCUUCAGAAGAGAAGGCAAUAACUUGCACACUACAGUCACUAUAACUCUGGUUCAAGCCCUUGUUGGUUUUGAGAAGACCAUUAAACACCUAGAUGAGCAUCUUGUCGACAUAAGCACAAAGGAAAUCACAAAGCCAAAGCAGGUGAGGAAGUUCAAAGGGGAGGGUAUGCCAUUGCAUAUGAGCACCAAGAAAGGAGAUCUUUACGUCACUUUUGAGGUUCUAUUUCCCACGUCACUAACCGAGGAGCAGAAAACAAAGAUAAAAGCAAUUCUUGGUUAGAAUACAAACAAGAUACAUGUUAUUUCGCCCAUUAUGUCCUCAAUGUAACAUGGUUAGAUGGUUAUAGUAAACGCAUACCUUGGGCUUUCUGUCCAUGCCCUUUUUGUUAGUUGACAAAUAGAUGCCUUUUCCCGUUCAUAAUGAUGCGCAUCUUGUAAUCUUUGCCGUCCUCUUAAUUUCAUUGUAUUAUUGACGGUGCUAUUUUGACACAAGGAAAAUGACAUUAGCUGAAGAAAAAGAAUUCUUCCAUUGUUUUGUACCGUGUCUGAAAUCGUUCAUCUUGUGAACUGGACUAGAUUGCUUGUCUCCUUCGUGUUUUUGAUCAUCAUUCAAUGGUAGUUGACACUAACUUAUGAUGA